CUGUUUCUUGAAAAAUCGGGUACACAAUGCUUAGAUUCUUCUUCUUCCUUGUUUGUCUUCUUGUUAGGUUCUUUGCAGUUUUUGCGAUUCUUGACCCUGUGGAUUUCUUGGCUUUACAAGCGGUUCGGAAAAGCUUGGAUGAUUUGCCUGGGUCGAAUUAUUUUGGGUCCUGGGAUUUUACUUCGGAUCCCUGUGGCUUCGCCGGAGUUUUCUGCGAGGGGGAUAAGGUUGUCGCGUUGAAUCUCGGUGAUCCCAGAGCUGGGUCGCCGGGAUUGACUGGAAGGAUUGAUCCGGCGAUUGGGAAACUUUCUGGGUUGGCUGAGUUUAGUGUUGUUCCGGGGAGGAUAACCGGUGCAUUGCCGGAAAUCUUGUCGGAGUUGCAGAAUCUCAGGUUUCUUGGAAUCAGCCGGAAUUUUCUCUCCGGCGGGAUUCCGGCGGGGCUUGGGAAGCUCCGGGGGUUGCAAACGCUGGAUCUCAGUUACAAUCAGUUCUCCGGUGUUGCGCCCGCGGAAGUGGGAUAGAUCAGAUUGCAACAAUAAUUUGAGAAAGAAAAAUAAAUGAGGCACAG